AUGCCACGAGGCGCGAGCAAGAGUAGUGGAAUGACAAGUAUUCCCUUGAAACGAAAGGACAAGCGAACGCGAGCAUAUUUCCCCAAGACAAGAACUGGUUGUUGGACUUGCAGAAAACGACGAGUCAAAUGUGACGAAGAAAAGCCGCAUUGUGCUAGAUGUAAGGCUUCGGGUUUCAAAUGCGAUGGAUACUCUGUAGAUGCAUUUUCCCAGGCUCAUAAGCGCGCGAGUGUUGUUCAGAAACCGCAGCCAAAGAGAAAAUCUAGUGUAACUAAUCGUGCUAUACUACCCUCAAAAGCUUCCAAAACAGCUCGUAUAAACAUACGAGUCCUGCGACCAAGGACUCCCAUCGUUGAAACCGAACAAGAAUACCGGUACUUGUGUUUCUUCACGGAAAAUACUACACGACGGUUAUGCGGAUUCUUCGAAUCAAAACUAUGGAGUCAUCUAAUGUUGCAAGCUGGAGAACAGGAACGGCCAAUUCGGCAUGCUAUGAGCGCUAUAGGGGCUCUUGAUUUAAUAUUGCAUACGAAAGAGCAAAAGCCACACUCAUUAGUUACAAGGUCAACUAUAGAGGAGCAUCAUAUUUUCGCUAUUAAACAGUAUGAAAAAGCUGUGAGAUUGAUGAAGACAGAUAUCGCUGAACGAGGCCAUUCAUUAAGAACAGCUUUACUGUUUUGUUUGCUCAUUGUAUGCUUCGAGAAUCUUUAUGGGACACAACAAUCCGCGACUGUACACAUCAUAGCUGGAAUUCGUCUCAUAGAAGCAUAUCAUCACGAUCAUACAUCCAGAAGUGAUAAGUCUCCUCUGCAAAAAGCAGAGGAGUCCAAUGCUUCGACCGAUCCGGUCACUUUUGGCAUGGCUUCUCCAGUGCCAAGUGAUGUAGAAGAUGAAAUCUACCAGGCCUUCGGCUUACUAGAAAUCGCUUCCUUGAGCUUCAAUUUAGACGGUCGGGGCAUGGCCUAUCAUAUGUUAGCUAAGGAUUCCGGAUCCUCGUGUGUAAAGAACAUGCCUUCGCGUUUUGUAUCUCUCCCGGAAGCAAAAGCCUAUUGGGAUCUCAUCAUGCGUCGUCUUUUGCAUCUUUUGCCCACGCUGAAUACCGCACAAGCAACAAUGCGCGGCUAUGAGGAUGAUAAUGAGACAGCCAUCAUUACGAAACCUUCUUCAGCUGUGAUCGAAGAAUAG